UCUCCGCUCUUGCUGCACAGGCCAGUGGCGCAUGCGCACUGAGUCUCCUUGGUUGUGUCCUGCCUGCUCGGUGACAGCGCUAAAAUAAACUAGCUGUCAAUCCUCUCAGCAGCAUCACGCUAACAUCACUGCAGACCCCGCAGACGCUGCUUCGCAUCGCAUCAUGGCUGUCCCCCCCUCAUACGCAGACCUAGGCAAAGCUGCCAAGGACAUUUUCAGCAAAGGCUACGGCUUUGGACUGGUGAAGCUGGACCUGAAGACCAAAUCACAGAGUGGAGUGGAGUUCAACACGUCAGGCUCGAGCAACACGGACACAGGCAAGGCGUCGGGCAGCCUGGAGACUAAAUACAAGAUGAAGGAGUUGGGUUUGAGCGUCAACCAGAAAUGGAACACGGACAACACGCUGGCUACCGAAGUCACGCUGGAGGACCAGCUGACUCAAGGACUGAAGGUGGCCUUGGACACAUCCUUUGUUCCGAACACGGGCAAGAAGAGCGGCAAGCUGAAGACGGGCUACAAGCGCGACUACGUCAACCUGGGCUGCGACGUGGACUUCGAGGGCCCCAUCAUCCACGCCGCCGCUGUGCUGGGCUACGAAGGCUGGCUGGCGGGAUACCAGAUGGCGUUUGACACUGCCAAGUCCAAACUGGCCCAGAACAACUUUGCGCUGGGGUACAAGGCAGGGGACUUCCAGCUGCACACCAAUGUCAACGACGGCACCGAGUUCGGCGGCUCCAUCUACCAGAAGGUGAACAAUCAGCUGGAGACGGCCGUCACUCUGGCGUGGACGGCUGGCAGCAACAACACUCGCUUCGGCAUCGCCGCAAAGUACAAAGUGGACUCGGAGACGUCUCUGUCUGCCAAAGUCAACAACGCCAGUCUGAUCGGCGUGGGCUACACUCAGAGCCUCCGACCAGGCGUCAAGGUUACGCUGUCGGCGCUGAUCGACGGCAAGAACUUCAACGCCGGCGGUCACAAAGUGGGGAUGGGCUUUGAGCUGGAGGCGUGAAGACGAGAAGAAGAAGACACAAACCACCACCAUCAUCACCAUCAUCAUGUAGCUCCUCCCCCACCUCACGCGAGCACGUUGACGGCGACAUUCUAGCGUGUUCUGAACACUCCGAGCUGUGUGUGUGUUUUUAAGUUUCAAUGUUGAGGGUUGCCGUGACGACCAAAGGUAGGACAUUCAAAAGAUGAGCGCGUCGUGUCGCCGGGGUGGAAUCUUCCAGUUCGACUCUUUGCUUUUCUACACGAUUCUUUUCAUCCGAAACAUCUCCUGGUUGUCCUCCUUACAGCUCUCCUCUUUUUGUGUCCAUCACUGCACUCCUUUCUUUCUCAUGUAGACUCAUCACCUCAUUUUACAUUGUCAACUAGGAACAUUCGAAGAUUAAAUAUUUAAAUUAAAGCCGAAAAA